CGGCCCAAGAUGGCAGCGGCGGUGCGCGCCUCGCUCCGGCUGUCGGCGGCCGUUGGCGGGGGAAGCCGGCUGGGCAGCGCCGAGGCCCGGGGGAGGCUGCUGGCGCUGCGCGUGGCGCGCUGGCUGAGCGCGGGCCCCGCCUGGCCCCCCGCGACCCGGCGGCUCGGAGGAGGCUCCGGAGUGAAACAUCAUCCUCUUGCCUGCGCUGCCUCAUUUCAUACCAGCCCCGCAAGCUGUGCCAAAGAGGACUAUUACCAGAUCCUGGGGGUGCCUCGAAACGCCAGCCAGAAGGAGAUCAAGAAGGCCUAUUACCAGCUUGCCAAGAAAUACCACCCUGACACGAACAAAGAUGACCCUAAAGCGAAGGAGAAGUUCUCGCAACUGGCUGAAGCCUAUGAGGUCUUGGGCGAUGAAGUGAAACGGAAACAGUUUGAUACUUACGGGACAGCCGGUUUCAAUGCAAGCUCAGCAGGAUCCGGGCAACAGUAUUGGCGUGGCGGCCCUUCUGUGGAUCCAGAGGAGCUGUUCAGGAAGAUCUUUGGGGAGUUUUCAGGGUCCCCUUUUGGAGACUUCCACACUGCCUUUGACCAGCCCCAGGAAUAUAUCAUGGAACUGACAUUCAACCAGGCCGCCAAGGGCGUCAACAAGGAGAUUCAAGUGAACAUCAACGACACCUGCCAGCGCUGUGAUGGCAAAGGGCACGAGCCGGGCACCAAAGUGCAGCACUGCCACUACUGCAACGGCACUGGCAUGGAGACGAUCAACACGGGUCCCUUUGUCAUGCGUUCGACGUGCCGGCGAUGUGGCGGACGUGGCUCAGUUAUGACGACCCCCUGUGUGAUGUGUCGCGGCUCUGGGCAGACCAAGCAGAAGAAGGUGGUGAUGGUCCCAGUUCCCGCAGGUGUGGAGGAUGGACAGACGGUUCGGAUGCCUGUUGGAAAAAGGGAAAUCUUCAUUACCUUCCGGGUUCAGAAGAGCUCUACGUUCCGGAGGGACGGUGCAGACAUUCACUCGGACCUCUAUGUCUCCAUAGCACAAGCUGUCCUUGGCGGCACAGCCAGGUCUCCUGGUCUGUACGAGACAAUCAGCAUUGCGAUCCCCCCAGGCAUUCAAGCUGACCAGAAGAUUCGGAUGAGUGGGAAAGGCAUUCCCAGGGUUAACAGUUACGGUUACGGCGACCACUAUAUUCACAUAAAGAUCAAAGUUCCCAAGAGGCUGACAGACCGCCAGCGAGCCUUGAUGCAGAGCUAUGCAGAAGACGAAACCGAAGUGGAAGGGACCGUGAAUGGCGUCACCAAUACAGCCACUGGUGGCAGGGGGACGACUAGAUCGGGGGCAGGCGAGGAGAGGCCUGAGGCCCAGGGGGACGACAAAGAGGGAUUCCUAGCUAAACUUAAGAAAAUGUUUAGCUCCUGAUUUGCCCUGCCAGAGGGAAAUGUUCUGCUGGAAACUAGGAUGAUGUGUGGCAGCGGUCGAGCGGCUGUGUCGUCCUUCUUGGGGGUGAAGCGAUCACAGGAGCCUGGCAAGAAGAAUUCUAGACAGACACGCUGGAACUUGCUUGGCAGGACGUCUGCGCAGGUGGAAGGCUUUCGCCUCUGGAAGCAGGACUUGGGAGGGGUGGCCUCUGCCAUGUCGCCUACGGGAGCUGCAGAAGGUUCCAGGUUCCCUGGAGAGGACAAGACCCUCCUCCUUUUCCAGACAGAUGCAGACCACCGAGUGGGAACCUGGACAGCAAAAACCAGCCAUCCGUCUAGUUUGGCAAACAGUCCUGCUCUCCCGAGAUGUUGACAAGCCCCGCAGAGAGCUCCUGAGAUCACCCGCCCGCUCCCAAAAGCGGAGAGGCAGUGGAGAGCCCACGAGUUCCCUGUACCCCUAGUUCUUUUGGCCGCCAGGGGAAUUUGGCUUCUGGGUUUUGUGGCACAACCUGGCCUCAGGAGGGCAGCUUCUUUUGACUCCAGCAGCUGUAAGUAAACAGCUGGGGAUUCCUCCAUUGCAACUGGGAAGGCAGGGAGAUCUGUUGCGUCUCUCGUGUAGGUCUGAAAUGCAUCUGAAUUAGUUGCCCCUUUGUGCUCCUGCUAGCUUGUGGGGUUGCAGCGUGGGGUGCUGGGGGGGGCAGCUCCUUCGUGCAGCAACAUUGUUUUUUUGUAGGAAAGCAGUAGUCAAAUACAACAACGCGCCUCUUCCCAUUUACCUGCACUCAGGAGGCGUUUUCCAUAGAACUUGCUGCGUGUGAAGCAUCCCUCUGCACUUCUGGUCCAAGAGGACGGUUGGUGGGGGAAGCGAGAGCAGAAUGUGCCCCGUUGGCCUCUGAAAGAGCUGGCUAUGAGGUUGGGCACAGCUGAGCCACAAAGCAACCAGCACUGCUGGGGGUGUGAAGGUGGCUGCUGUUACUUAUUUGGCCGCUUUAAGAUUCCUACCCCCCCCCCGCCGCCAUUAAAUCCACCCGGACUGGAGCUCUCUCCCUUCACUUGCCAACAGACGGCAUGUCCAGCCUCCUGAGCCAUUUGGCCUGCAAGGUGAUUCUGUAUCAAAUGUAAAAUACACUCUAUAAAAAAGA